AUGGCUGAAACAAUGAAACAAACUGUUGCGAGUAUACUCAAGAGCAUUGAAAGAUAUAAUCCAGCAAAUUUGCAGACCCUAGAAAGAUAUGUGGAAAUGCAAUCUAGGGAGAAUACAUAUGACCUAGAAGCAAAUUUAGCGGUUUUGAAACUUUACCAAUUUAAUCCUGAGAAAUUUAAUCCUGACAUUGCUUGUCAGAUAUUGUUAAAAGCAUUAACUAAUUUUCCGCAUACUGAUUUUACUUUAUGCAAGUGUCUCCUGCUUGAAUCAGUAUCAGAAAAUGAAACUAUAUCUCAGAUAAAGUAUUUGGCGGACAUCUUAGAGCAAUGUGACUUUGCUCAAUUUUGGAAUAGAGUGCAUCAAAUGCCUGAAUUGUGCAACCGCAUAAGCAGCUUUCAUGAUUCUAUUAGAAAGUUUGUGUGCCAUGUUGUUGGAAUAACUUUCCAAACUAUCGACAAAAACAAUCUGGCAAAUCUCUUAGGAGGAAUCGAUGAUGUAACACUCAAACAUUGGGUUAAGAAAUAUGGUUGGAGGGAUGAUGGUAACCUAAUCUUUAUUGCUAAUCAAGAUGAGAAUAUUAAGACCAAGAACAUAACCGAGAAGAUUGAAUUUGAUCAUCUCGCACCUCUAAUGACCAUUUUG